AUGAAGGCGUUUGUCCAUAAGUUCAGAAGAUCUAUGGAAACCCUAAAAGAGAAUGACGAAUUUUUUGGUGAAAAAAAACAACUAAAUGCAUUGAACACAUAUUUUUCACAUUCAUUAUUAUAUCUAGAAAGAUUAGAAAGUGUGAUUAAAAAUAUAAAUAUUAUGAUAAGUGAUCUAAAUAGAUGUUUAAUGUCCUUUUUUGAGAAUGAUAUAAAUUUAGGAAUAGUGCAACAUAUAUCUCAUAUUUUAAACACAUUCACUGAUGUAAGGGAACAAAUAACGAAUCAUAUAAUUAGUGCUAAAUCUGUAACUAAUGAAACACUUGAAAAAAUAAGAAAAAUCCAAAAUUUGUGUUUAAAAAAAAAGGAAUUAGGAGUAUUAAUAGAGCAUUAUGAAAAAAAAAUAAAAAAAUUACAACAAGUAAAUUCUCCAAAUCAAAAGCAUUUAGAAAAAGUUAUUAGAAAUGAAUCUAAAUUAAAUGGUGUAAAAUCAGAUUACUUAAAAUACAAUGAAUAUAUUAAAAAGGGUUUUGAUAUUGUUUUAGAAAAUAAGACAAAUAAAGUAUUAUUAGAUGCAAGAAAAGAUUUGGAACUUUUACUUUGCUAUUUUAGCUUAAUGAAUUCUGUAUCUAUCAAAUUAAAAGAUCCACUUAAAGAUAUGUACUUGAACACACAAAAAGAAAGGCUCCCAAUUUAUGAUAAUUUCUUUUUAGAAAGCGAAGAUAGAAUGAAUUAUUUUUAUGAAAUGGAAAAAAAUAUUAAUAAUUAUAACCAACCUAAUAGAUAUAACAUGUAUAAUCCAAAAUCCGAAUAUAAUAAUUAUGAACAAAAUAUAAGCAAAUAUAAUAAAUAUGAUAUACCAAGCCGAUAUAAAACUUAUGAUAACAUUCCUAAUAUAUAUAACGAAUAUGACCGAAGAAAUAUAAAUAAUAAUAAUAAUUAUAUGCUAGACAAUUAUAAUAGAUAUAAUGAACAUAAUCAUUACAAGGAAAUAUAUUAUAAGAAUGGAAAUAGUAAAGAUGAUAAUUUUUUGACCACACCGUUGAAAGGCCUUACAAAAACUAUUAGUUGUAAUUUAAAUAAUACAAUUUCAAAAAUGAACAAAAAUAAUGACUUAAACAGAUCUGGAAAUAGUGAUGAGCGAAGUAGUAGUAGUAGUAAUCAUCUUCCUUUUAUAAAAAAUAUAAAAAACAAAAUUUAUAAAAAAACAUUAAGUCAAGACUUAUUUGUUGAACCAGAUGAAAAAAAAAAUAAUUCUUUUUUAAAAAUAAAAAAUAUUUUAGGAGUUUCUAAUAAAUCAAAAGAAGAGGAAAAGGAAAAUUCGCCUCCAGUUACUCCCCCAGCAUUUCCUCAAUAA